AUGCAAUCCCCUCACUACCGCAGAAUCGAAUUACAGUCGCCCGCAGACCUCACAUACCUAUACACAAACACUGUGGCAUUGUCACGCCAAAAACUCGACCUGCACUUUCCUCCAUCUGCCUAUUCCGAUGGCGAUAACCCGGAUCCCAUGAAGGAGCGCGUCAAGGAGCUCGUUGACCAGUUCAUUCGACAAACAUACACAUACGCAUCCGACUCAAUAACCAUCAAUGGCCUAGAAUCCAACUCAUCAGCAACCAAUAACCACUCCACUUCACAAGGCCCAUUCCCUUUCCCCUCUGCAUUCUCCGCACCCGAAACCAUCGAAUACGAAACAUAUGACGGCAACCUAGCAUCUCGCGUCAGUUCGCUCUACGCUCAACUCGAAUCACUGACUACCACCGUUGCGCAACUACGACGCGAUGCGCCCCGGAAAGCAGCUAGGACGUUUGCCGACACCCUGAAUGACGCGUUGAAUAAAGACGAUGCUGGAUUUGAGGCUGCUGCUUUUGCUCAUACUAAACAAGGAGGACAGCAGCAGCAGCAGCAACAACAACAACAAGAAGAAGAUAGCUCAAAAAUGGAUAUUGAUCCCAAUCCCGAAUGGAAAUUAGACAUCCCCUUUGGAACAGAUUCUGAGCGCGAGCGAUGGCACAGCGGCGAAAUGGCCGAGGUCUAUGCGGAUACGUUACGGACUCUGUUACGACUGCAAGGGGAGGAAGAGGAAGGGAGAGCUGGUGAUGGGGACGAUGAUAGGAAUACCAAGGCUAUAUCGACGACUAUUGCGACUGCAGAGAGGGCCGAGAGGGCAGUAGAGUUUGUGGAGAGGAUGUGA